AUCGUCUUUCAACUCCACUAAACCAUUCCAACCAUGUCUGUACCCGUUGAAGACCUCCCAGUCACCCGCGAGAACGAUGUCUACCCCGGCAUCGACCCUAAGCCCCACUUUGAGGGCCAAACCUACGCUGGCAAGGUUGUCCUCGUGACGGGUGCCUCGCGUGGCAUUGGCUCGGAGAUCGCUCUCUACUACGCCCGUGCUGGUGCAUCUUUGGCUCUCCUGUCCCGUACGCAAGCCGUAUUGGACAAGACCAAGGCACACAUCCUUGAGGCGGCCCCCAAAGCUCAAAUCACCACAUUCGUUGCCGACGUCGUCGACACUCAGGCCAUCAAAGCCGCCGUCGAUGGAACCGUGAAGACGUUCGGCAAGAUCGAUAUCGUCGUCGCUAACGCUGGAAAGGCUGACCCAUGGAAGAAGCCUUUCACCGAGUACGACCCUGACAACUGGUGGAAAACCGUCGAGGUGAACGUUCGUGGUGUCUACAAUGUUGCACACUUCUCUCUCCCUCACCUUGGUGCUACAUCUGGCUACUUCCUCGUCAUCGGGUCCAUUGGCGCUCAGAUGAGGAUGCCCUUCGCCUCGUCCUAUGUUCUUUCCAAGCACGCCGUCAACCGUCUCGUUGAGUACAUCAAGACCGAGAACCCCAACGUCAAGACGUUCUCCCUGAACCCCGGUGCGAUCAAGACCGACAUGGCCGACAACAACCCUGAGGCUGCACCUUGGCUCAUUGAUACCCUGCAGUUGCCCGCUGCCACUGCCCUCAGGGUGACGAGCGGGAAGGAGGACUGGUUGAACGGAAAAUACCUUUCUGCCAACUGGAACCUCGACGAGGUCGAGCAGAAGUGGAAGGAGAAGAUCAUCGCUGAAGACGCUCUCGUCAACCGUCUUCACGUCCCUGUCUAAUGAACUCUGUAUGUGUGUGUAACGUCGUCGAUGCUCUGUAUUUCUUUAUCCGCGGACUUUAUUGCAUACCAAAAGAAAUUAGUGGUUGACUCGUGGCUAAUGCCGAUUGACUGAGACAUCCGUUGUGAAAUGCUAGCGUUUACCGAUGUUUUACGGGUCGAGAUUCC